UGUGUAGUCAUUCUUACAUAAACUAGACCUAAAAAGAUCAUAAAGAAAGACAAACAAAGCAUAUAAGUGAAUGGACAAAUAAAAUGAGCAAAAUAUGUUUGGUUUGCAUAUAAGUUGUAUUGACUACUACUCCCUCCGUCCCACAAUAUAGUGCCUAUUUUAUUUUUGAUGGGUCAAAUUUUAAAAUCUUUGACCAAAUAUUCUCAUUUGUAUAUAUAAAAAAACAUAUUCAUGUGGGAUCUUGUUGUAUUCGUCUCAAUGUAUAGUUUCAUAAUAUCAACUUUUUAUAUUUUUUAUUAAUACGAAAUUGAAGAUAUUAAAGGUCAAAGUUACGUCUUGGAGACCGUGUAAAAAAGAAACAAACACGAUGAGGAGCUAGCUCAUGUGGUAGAGCACUCCCCUCUGAUCCUUGAGGUCCCUUGGGCUGACUUAAUUUCCCAAUAAAAAAAAAAAAAAUGCAAAACCUCCUACAACUUUCCUUAAAAUAAAAUGAAGUUGUUUCAUCAUGCAAAAAAUGUUUUCCUCAAAAAAAUGAAGUUUGUUUUUUCUGGUAAGUCUUACUUCCCUCCAUAAAUACUUAAUCCUGAACACAAAACUAAAUCAUUCGUAAAACAAAAAGAUUAGGACUACUAAAAAGUUAGUAUCAUGGAAGAUUACUUCUCAUUCACCCGCAAAAAAAUAGUAACAACCUCAAAACCAGUUCAACCUGGUAAAAAGAUACAAUUAUCUAGCCUUGAUCUUCUUAUGGAAAAACACCACAUUAGAAUGGUUUAUUACUAUAAAACUCCAAAAGGGUUACUAAUUGGAGAAUUAACAAGAAAAUUAAGGAUAAUACUUUCAGAAGUUACAUCAUAUUUUCCAGCUACAACUGGAAGAUUAGUAAGAAAUGAAGAGGGUAAAUGGAUGAUUAACUGUAAUGAUGCAGGGGUAAGAAUUAUAGAAGCUAUAGCUAAAGGAAGUGUUGAAACUUGGUUGCAAAAUGUUGAUGUAGAGAAAGAGAAGAAGCUUAUUCAUUGGGAAGAUUGGUAUCAUAUCCCAUAUUAUUGGGCAACUGUUUAUGUUAUGGUGACAGAAUUUGAAGAAGGUGGGAUGGCUAUAGGCUUGAGUUGCUCACAUCUAGUAUGUGAUCCAUCAAGUGCAACCCUACUUAUUAGGGCUUGGGCCGACCAAGUACUUUGGGGAAACAUUUCUAUCCCCCCUUUUCUACACCCUUUACCCAAAAGAACAUUAGGCUUUCAUAAAGCCCAAAAUCAGCCCAAUAACCACUUAAUCAAUCAUUACAAAACCCUCUUAGAAAGCCCAAGCUCAUGCACGGCCCAAAAAUCAACAACCAUUGCUCUUGCAUUUACUGAUAACAUGGUCCAAUCUUGUAUCAACUUGGCCCACUUGAAUGGGCCAAACAAUGGGCCAGAUCCUUCACUGUUCGCUCUCGCCGGGUUGCUUUGGGUUUGUAUUAGCAAACUAAAAGGAGGUACAAAUGGGCUUGUUGAUAUGUCCAUAGGUUUAGACAUGAGGAAGGUUUUAGGGUUAGAUAAAGGGUUUUUUGGUAAUUGCACUGUGCACACCCAAGUUAAGGGAAAUGACAUAAAAAUGGAUGAUUUACAACUAGCAACUAAAGUAAUAGAAGAAUCAAUUAAGAAAGUUAACAAAGAAGAAAUCAUUGAUUUAGUUGAAUGGUUGGAAAAUUACAAUAAUUUCUUACCACCUUCUUCUUUAGAUAAGGAUAAUUUGAUCAUUUUAAAUCUUGAUCAUUUAGACCCAUAUUCAUCUGUUUUUAUAGAGGGUUAUGAACCAAUUAAAAUUGCUUAUUACAAUGAGUCACACAUCAAUAAAGGGAAAAUUUUGGUGCUUCCAUGUCAUCCUAGUGCAGGAAAAUCUAGUAGAAUAGUAAUAGUCACACUUCCAAAUGAUGAAGUUGUUAGAUUAUGUGAAGAUAAACUUCUUGCACGCUUUUCUCCAACUAUUCUAAUGGGACCAAUAAAAUCCAUUGAUUGACUAAUUUAAUUUGUUAUUAAGAUUA